AUGGAGAACUUCAACGAUGUUAUUUGUAUUCGAUACCCACAUCUGUUCAAGCCAACGCAGACGGUAAUUACGAGUUUUUUUCAGGUGCUGAAUAUCUUUACUACUCGCGACACGAAGUCCGUAGGUGAAUUUGCGUAGUGCGUUUUCCUUUCGUGCCACUACGACUUUUCGUUUUUGCACUGGCAACAUGCUAUUUUUCGGACGUAUCCCGCAACGUCGCCAGACAAAAUCUGGGGACCUUUAGAGCGCCACUAGUAGCCGGGCAGGACCGAGAAAAAUAAAAACGGACUGGACAGGGCACGUCAAGAAAUUUCGGGCAUUGCAAAGGUUCUCACAGCGAAAAAAAAUCAUAAAACCUGUCAUCCAAAUUGCACAUAACAACAAUUUUUAACCUAAUUUUUUUUAUGGGAACUCUAGGGAGUACUACAAGUAGUGUACAACUGUUUUUUAUACCGCUGGUACAUUCUAAAUGGGUGUCAUCGUGACGCAUUUUCUGAACAUGGUUCGAGCUAGGCUAAAAAUAGUGCAAAUUUCAAGGCCGAAUAUCAAAAAAACUGUCCCAUCAAGCGGGACGAGACCGGUGUAGAUACUCGAAGGACAGUUUAAGGAUUUUUUUGACGUGGAGCGUAUACCUCCUUCCAGUGCUCUCUGACUCGGUAUCGUCGAUACAAACUUUUAUUUAGACGUUGUAUUCUACGCCUUCGAAGACUGUCAAAAUACUACGAUUAUGGGUAUAUUUUGGUUCUAUUAGCUUAAGCAGCUCUCAAGCUUUCUAUUGGUAUCAAUAUCUUGUGAUUUACUAUUAAUCUUUAUGUCAAAAUAUUGCAAACCAUUUGGACAAAAACGGAUUUGCACAGGGCAGAAUGCCAAAAAAAAUUCUAGGCUUUUUCAUUGGGCGCCCGUUUUUCUUUUAUUUUUUCUUGACGUGCAGGGUAGACUUCAGUUUCCGAGAAUUUGCAAUGCGCGUUUUCAUAGAUUUGUCGCCGCAAACUAUCAUAAGUUUUUGCCUUAUUGUUAGCGACUUGCAAUUCCCAAUUUUGGCAGGCGACAAUAAAAUUGUCAGGACUUUAUAGUAUCAGUGUGCCGGGAAAAUAAUGAACGCACUGUCGUUGUGCCGACUCUAUAACGAAAUUUAUUCUUGUUUUUAUAAGCAAUGAUAAUAAACAAGCAUUUCCUUCCAGGCCAUAGCAGUACUCCUUUUGAUCGCCAUUGGAUCGUCGACCCCAGUGGAUGGAAGUGGAGUUCUUUGGUUUGUUGCCUUGUCAUGCUUGUUGAUCAGUACCACUGCCACCGUUCUCUUUAUGUUGGACCAAACGGACACAGUCAUGCAAUCUCUGAGUGGAGGUCUUGUUGGGUUUUCUGUUGUUGUAAGUGAUUAUCAAUUAUUGCUUUGGUCUUUAGUCGGCUUGGACAUCGUUGCAUGCGAGGACGCAAAAUUAAGAGCACAAUAACUUUUUAUUACUAUCAAUCCGUCUAGAAAAAUAAUGAGUAUUCUUCUCGGAUCGAAAAUAGCAUCACGGCCAUGAAAACGAAUUGUGUCGCGGCAAAAUCGAAUUGCUUUUCACUUCAGCAACACCGACCUUUUUUUGGUCGAAAGUUGGCAAAAAUAUGAAACGUUUUUUGAGAAUUUUGCAAUGCGACGUUGUGCUCAUUAUUUUCCUGGAUUCAAGGAGAGAAACUUUUGACCACACGGUGUAAUGCACUGUAUUUGCUCAUUCGGUAAAAAUGCAAUUCGAAAUGACAUAACCCUGCGAAGCGCAAGUCCAAAAUUUCGGGGAUUGCUUUGAGGCCUGAGUGCACGUGCAAUGUAUCUACUGCUCGCGUUCAGAAUACGAGUUGAUAGUACGUUAAUAUAUAAACAGGCGAUUCAUCCUCUACGUUUUUUUAAAAGUGCGUAGAAUUUUUUUCGGCACACAGCGCAUUUUGUUACAUUUUGCACGGCUUUUCGAGCAACUUUCACUGUACAUUUCCACCCAUCGAGCGAGUUGCUUAUUGCUCACGAUCUUGCAGGAAUUUGUCUACUCAGCCGUCCUCACCGCUCUUUGCGGCGUCAGCGUGUGGCUCAGUUUCGGGUACUCGAGUCACGUCCCGGAAGGCGGACAUUCAACUGGCUACAUCUUCUGCGGCUUCUUUAUGGUGUUGGAAGCUGCCGCGUAUGCGAUUCCGGCCUCCAUGAUCUACGAGAAGGUGCAGUGGGAGCAGCAGGGCGUUGACCAACUCAACACCGUUCAUUACCGUGAACCCAGCAACGAGACGGGAUAUCAGACUCAGACCACUCAAAACAUUGUGUAA